CUAGAAAACUGAGACAGUGCUGAGCCACACACACACACACACACACACCAGCACCUGUGAGACUUCUCCCAGAGAAGAGGCGCUGUACCAUGCUGAGGCCAAAGGACCUGUGCCAGGGCUCUGGCACCAAAACCUUCUUGGAGGCGAUGAAUAGUGGCAAGGUGCACCUGGCCCGCUUUGUGCUUGAUGCACUGGACUGCCGCAUCAUCAACUCAAAGAACGAGAGCAGCCGCACGCCACUUAUGUGCGCCGUGUGCCUGCAGGAGCAGAGCACCAGGUCCAAGUUCACACAGCUGCUCCUGGAGAAAGGUGCCGACGUGAACAGCCGGGACGAGCACGGCCGCACCGCCCUCAGUUUGGCCUGCGAGCUCGGCCACCUAGAUGCUGUCAAGCUCCUGGUGCAGUUCAACGCCAACCCUGAGCUCACUGACACCUGGGGCAACAGCGCCCUGACGUAUGCUGCCUACGGAGGACACAGCCAGGUCCUGGAUUUUCUCAUUCGGGCUUUCAAGAGGCUCGGACUGAGACUGGACCACACUAAUCAUGCAGGCCACACUGCCAUCCAGGUAGCAGAAUAUUUGGGACAUGCCAAUUGUGUUCAGGUGCUCAACACUGCAGGGAAGAAGGGAGUCUGCAGCAUUGAGCAAACUCACGAAAUCAGAGGUGGAUCACAUGAAGCUGUUUCCUGGCCUAAUCGACUCCCGAAGCAAAUUCUGGAAAAAUUCUCAAAGCAGGUUCACAGCAAGAAUGAAGAGCCACUGCCAUCUUUGUUUCAGAGGCAGAUGUGGAUCAGUGAUGGCAAAGACCUAAACAGACGAUUCAGUCAACAGCACUCCCCUGAAAGAACCGACUCAAGCGGCUACCAAAGUUUAACCAGGUUCCCAGAGAGGCGUUUCACUGAGAAGGAGCAACAUGUCCUGUUCAGCUCGAAACAGUUUCAAAACUCUAGAGAAGCUGGCUUUGUGAGAAAAAACAACUUCGUCUCAGAGCGCUGCCAGAAUGCGGACCACCAUGAGAUGAGGGAAAAUCCGCCCCAGUGGGGAAAAGCAAAGUCAUUCAACCUGGACCUCCAGACGGGACGAAAACAGUCGUACCAGGGCGAGGCGCGUGACGUCACACAGCCUGUCAGCCAAUUGAAAAGAGCUUCUCUUCCAGACGAGAGACCUCUCAUCCCGAAAUUCUACUGCCAUGGCAACACUUCCGCGAAGAAGAGCGACGUGGACAGAGCGGGUUUACAACAAAUAAACGGAGUCUCUCGGGUUAGUGCUGAACAGCGGAACAGCGACAACUCUGAAAAGAAGAAAAGCUCGAUAAAGCGAGGUAGCGUUGUCAAGAACGAAAGACCGAAUAAACUGCUCUUCUGUCGGGACGAGGUGCCACGGGAGAGGCUCAGAAUCCGGCCGCCGGGCUUCGACGGGCUCGGGACCAGGUUACUGCGCCGCUUCACAGCUCCUGAGUUCAUGGGACUGGUGAGAGACUGUCAGUCCGGCGUGACGUUAAAGAAAGGCAAGAUUGCUCGAUCAGAGACAUUUCCCCUUUCACACACACAUAAACUGGUAAACAGUCAGCCUAGCAUUGAUAGCAUAAGCGGCGUCAGGUGCGAAUUUGAAGGCAGUCCUCCAGUCAGCCGAGCUUAAUCUAUAUUAUUAUUAUUAUUAUUAUUCCUGGAGUUGGGAAUCGAUGGAGUCGGUUCCUCACAGGAAAAGCAGAUAUUGUGAAAUAAAUGGGUGCAAUAUUAAUUAAGUGAAUUUUAAAGCAUCUCCUUUUUCUUUCUUUCUUUCUUUCUUUCUUUUCACUUCACGCCUCCUUUGAGAGAACUUGAGCCGAAUCACUUUCCCUGUAUGGACUUGACUCCUAAGCUUUGGAGUCGACUCUCCGUUUCCAGCGCCUGGCAUCACAGAGUCGACUCCCAGUCCUAGAUUUACUUCUCCAAAGCCAUUAGAAAUGAAAAAGCAACAACACAGGGAGCACAUGCAGGGAUGUCACUUGUUUCAAGCUGCUUUGUUAAACACCAUCAUGAACAACACUAGAUAAAAUUGGAGUUGGAGAGGAAAGCAACUUGCUUUUGUUUUUGUUUUUGUUUUUUUUUUGUUGGUUUUCUGAUAAAGGCAGUUUGGAUCACCACCAGUUUCAUGUCUCUCAGAACUGUUACAGUCGUGGCGAAACUUUCCUCACAGUUACACCAUUGUAAAUAACCAGACAAUGCUUAAAAUUUAUUUAUAAAGCAAGUAAAUGUGCUACAUAAUACAUAAAUGCACUGUCUUUGAUUAUGUAUACGUGUUAUGUGCACUUCAGGAGCCAGGCAGGGUCACAGGUUUUUGUAAAAUUGUCUUAUUGCUCUUCAUAAUUAGUACUGUAAGUUUAAAAUAUUCCUCUAUAUAUUCUCUAAUAUACAUCCACAAGCUUAAGGCAGUUGAAAACAUGUACAAAAUCUGCUGAUACUCAUAUCUCAGACAUUACAGGUUUAAAUGUAUAUGGUGUCUCAAACAUCUCCAUACAUAGGGGAAAUUAACACUUUUUAGCAAAAUGUCACUUUAUUUAAAAAAUCCUCUUCAUGAUUGCCAUUUCUUUGUAAGCACUCAUGAUGAACUCGUGUUAACACAUCUGGUGUUACGCAUGUAAUUGCAUGUCCAUCGCAACCUUGCGACAGCUUCCCGAUCCAGCCAUGAGAAUGAUUUCAAUACAGUCUUCUUUUUUCAAAGGCAUUCUUAAACGCUAUCUGAAAAAAAAUAUAUAUAUAAUAUAAACUAUGUAUGAAAAUUUAAGAAAACCUUUGGAAGACUAAAAAGUGUUAAUUUCCCCUAUGUAUGGAGACGUUUGGGACCCUCUGUAUACACAUACAUACACACACAUAUAUAGUGUAUGUAUAAUAUAAAUAGUAUGUAUUCAGUUUGUGUACAGAUAAGAGAAAUAUUAUAUGUGAAAUUAAAUCAUCCUAAUUUACAUUUAACUGGAUCAAAUGUUUGCACCAUAGCUGUGGUCUGGUGUCAUUUUACUAUGCAUAUUGUGAAUGGCAGUCAUUUAUAUUCUUUAAAUAAAGUUAAAGAAAAUUUGACUUAAAAAUAA